CACAUCCCCUUUCCCUCCUCCUCCACCCCCCCAGGGGCCUUCCACCUUUUGCCCUGGCUCCUCCUUCAAUGGCUCCCUAGCGCCCCUCCCUUCUAGUCCCCCAUGCCCUUCCUCCCCAGCUCUCCUCCUUCCCUCCCCCUUCUUUUCCCCUCCUCCUUUUUCCCCUCCUCCCUUCUCCCCCUCUUUCCUUUUCUCUCCCCCUCCUAUCUCCCCCCCCCAUCCCUUUUCUCCCACUUACCAUCGCCCAUUCUAGGUCCUCUUAUCACCUCUCCCCCAAUAAUUCCCUUCCCCGUCUAGGUCCUCCAAGACCCUUCCGCCCCAUCCCUAACCCCCUGCCCCUCCCCUUGAAGUGCCAAACCCUCCUUCCCUUCCUUUUCGGUCCCUAACAUCGUACCCCCCCUUCUCCCUCCCCAUCCCUCUGCCUUGCCCCUUCCCUCCCCUCUGUAUCCGUAACCCUUUGCCCCUUCCCUUUAACUCUCUAACCCCCUGCCCUGCCCCUCCCCUCCCCUCUCCUCCCUUCCCCGGACUUCUUUUCCUCCCCCUCCCUCUCCCUUCUUCCCCUCCCUCUCCGCCCUGACUCUCCCUCUCCUGACUCGGGGAAGUUUCAGAGCCAUCAGUCUGUCCGUCUGUAUGUCCGUCGGUGAGACCGCAGCACAGCUGCAGGCAGCGGGCGCCAUUGCGCGCGGAGCGGAGGGGAGCGGGGAACCCCGGACGCCUGGGUCCGGGGAACGUCUGCUCGCGGCUGUCCCGCCAGGUUACCCUCCAGGCCAGCCAGAGAUGGCCCCACAAAUUGAGCCUGGAGACAGGCCCCAUGAGGCCCAGGAGCAGACAGCCCCCUCGGGGGGAGAAGGGCCCCCAGGUGCCUACUCAGGGACUCUGGUUCCCAAGCCUGAAGAUGUUUUCCAGAGUGAACAAGGGGAGGAACAGAAUAUGGCAGAACCAGGAGUUGAACCCCAAAAAACAGAGCCUGAGAGCUCCUGCCCAGAAGACUGGAUGAUCCGAAAAGUGAAGGUGGAGGAUGAGGACAUGGGAGAGGAAGAGGAGGUGGUGUGGCCCCAACACCUCCCCCAGUUACUUCCCAGCGGCCCCUUCCUGCCCGCCGACCUGGGACCCCUGGCGGCUGUGGCCACAGCUUGUAAGCUGGAGCCUGGAGCGCCUCCGGCGCCUCUGAGUGGCUUGGCUCUAGCAUCCUGGCCCCAGGUCCUGGAGAAACCCUACGGCUGCGGUGAGUGCGAACGGCGCUUCCGGGACCAGCUGACCCUUCGGCUGCACCAGAGGCUGCACCGGGGCGAGGGCCCGUGUGCCUGCCCAGACUGUGGCCGGAGCUUCUCGCAGCGCACCCAUCUGCUGGCCCACCUGCGCAGCCACCGCGGCGAGCGCCCCUUUCCGUGCCCGGAGUGCGGCAAGCGCUUCAGCAAGAAGGCUCACCUGACCCGCCACCUCCGCACGCACACCGGGGAGAGGCCCUACCCUUGCGAAGAAUGCGGGAAGCGUUUCAGCCAGAAAAUCCACCUGGGCUCGCACCAGAAAACGCACACUGGCGAGAGGCCCUUCCCCUGCGCCGAGUGCGAGAAGCGCUUUCGCAAGAAGACGCACCUAAUCCGCCACCAGCGCAUCCACACAGGGGAGCGUCCCUACCAGUGCACCGAGUGCGGCCGCAGCUUCACGCACAAGCAGCACCUAGUGCGCCACCGGCGAGUGCACGCGGCGGCGGCGGCGGCGGCGGCAGCAGCAGCCGCAGCAGCGGCGGCAGCUGGGGCGGCCGCUGCAGGCCCUGCCCCGCCUCCCCCUCCCCAGCCCCCGGCCACUGACCCCUUGUGCCAAGAGGCUUCCACAGCCCCUCCAGAGCCCAGGGCCUUCGCGUGCGCGGACUGCGGAAAGGACUUCGGCUGGAAGAAGAACCUGGCCUCGCACCAGCGGGUGCACCGUGGGAACCGCCCCUUCGGGUUUUCUGAGCGCCCGCGGGGUCAGGGUGAGCGGUGCCCUCCCGGGGCAGCUGGGGCGGCUGCAGCGGCAGCAGUGGCUGUGGCAGCGGCGGCGGCGGCGGCCCACACUGCCAUCAAGGCCUUUGCCUGCACUCACUGCGGGAAAAGCUUCAGUCAGCGGCCGGGGCUGGUGGCUCACCAGCGGACCCAUGCCGGCGAGCGGCCCUUCCGCUGUCCAGACUGUGGGCGCGGCUUCUCCCACGGGCAGCACCUGACCAGGCACCGCCGUGUGCACACGGGCGAACGACCCUUUGCCUGUACCCAGUGUGGCCGUCGGUUCGGCUCCCGCCCCAACCUUGCUGCCCACACCAAGGUGCAUAGCGGCGCCAGGCCCUUUGCGUGUGCCCAGUGCGGUCGGGGCUUUAGCCGUAAGUCACACCUGGGUCGUCACCAGGCAGUGCACACUGGGAGCCGUCCGCAUGCCUGUACAGUCUGCUCUCGUUGCUUCAGUUCUAAGACCAAUCUGAUUCGCCAUCAGGCAGUCCACACCGGCUCUCGCCCCUUUCCCUGCACGCAGUGUGGCAAGAGCUUCAGCAGAAAGACCCACCUGGCCCGGCACCAGCGCACCCACGGAGAAAUCACUCAUCUUGACCCCAACCUAGCAAGCCCAGCCUGGCCUGUCCCCACAGUGCCUACCCCAACUCCACUUUUCCUGUAAAUGGAGCAGAUGGGAUCACCCAGGUCUCUUCGGGGCCCUCUCUCACCUAACUGCAGGUCAGGCCCCUUGUGGUUUCUAUCUCCAUCCUCCAUGACCAAGGCUGCUCUCCCUUUUUGCUGCUCAGAGCCCACCCCCUCUCCCUUGUCCUCCCUCAGUUUUCAGCAUAUCCCCUCUGCUCCAUGUUAGCUCCUGCAUCCACUCGCCUCCCCACCACUCUCCUUUGAGAACACCCUAUCUGAGGGUGGAUGACCAAGAGAGAAUCCUAAGCAGACCCUAUAGGGAGGGGUAUAGACUGAAUGAACUCCGAGGUUCUUCACUGUCUGGAACAUUCUUCUUCAAAGUGGACCCUUGGGUUGGGGGUGGGUGGGUGGAGAUGUGUUAAAUGACCAAAGGAGAAUAGAGGUCCAAGCUGGACCAGAUGGGGAGGGAAUGAAGAACUGAAUACGCCUACAGCUUGCUGUUCUAUGCCUUCUUCCCUACCCUUCAAAGUGGAAGACUCUCCUCUCCCCCUCAAGAAAGGGGGAUUUCUGUUCCAAGAAGAGGGGAGGAUAGUCACCUAUGUAUUUAAUGUGUCAUUAAAAAUAAAACCUGAACGCUU